AGGAGGGCACGAAUACUACUACCCAGCUAUUCCCUCACUUGUAAGGCAUACAUGUGCCCGGAUGAUCAGGAGGCAAAGAUAUAAGAAGGUUCAGACUUUCUAGGACGAGUUUGGUGUGCAAACGGUGCUUCCCCUGCAGCCCUGCUGUUUGCUAAGAUAUUCCAUUAGAGGCUGAGAUGCAGCAGCAGGAGGAAGACAUGGAGACCACCGGAAGCCGGGAGCAACAGUUGCAGAUCGUGUGCGUGAGGAGCUCGUCGACCGGUAGCAGUAAUGCGGCGGCGGGGGAGUGGGAGUCGUCGCGGUCGUCGGCGCUGUCGCUGUUCAAGGAGAAGGAGGAGGAGAUCGAGCGGAAGAAGGUGGAGGUGAGGGACAAGGUCUUCUCCAUGCUUGGCAGGGUCGAGCAGGAGUCCAAGCGCCUCGCCUUCAUCCGCCAGGAGCUGGAAGUGAUGGCUGAUCCAACGCGGAGGGAGGUGGAGUCGAUACGCAAGCGGGUCGACAAGCUGAACCGGCAGCUCAAGCCUCUGGGCAAGAGCUGCCUCAAGAAGGAGAAGGAGUACAAAAUGUGUCUCGAAGCUUACGACGAAAAGAGCAACGAGAAAGCUACCCUUGUCAACAGGCUAGUGGAGCUGGUGGGCGAAAGCGAAAGACUGCGGAUGAAAAAGCUUGAGGAGUUGAGCAAGACGAUAGAGACACUCUACUAGAGGAGAGGUCUUUGGUGCCACUGCAGAAGAGGAGCUUAUGCUAGGUGCGAUUUUCAUGGCGUUGGAACAAUCAAAUGUGUGAGUGCGAGUUCAUCAAGUGUAUCUUGAAUUAUGUAACCGAUGAUGAGGAGCUUGUGAGUGAGUUCAUGUAGUCUACAUUAUUUCACUAUCUUAUCUUGGUUUGAUGUGGGAUAUGUGCGAUGUGAUCCAUCACUAUGCAGCAAACUAGUUAACCUCCAUGCUUAUACAAGAUCUUCUCCAAGAAAAAUGAGGUUAAAUUGUGUGCCAAGAAUGAUUUUAUCGUAUGAAUUAAUAGCGGUGGAGUAAUUUGUACUGAAA